GCCAGGCCUGUUUCCGCACCACUUCCUUGUUUUUUUUUCAUCUUUCACUUGGAGUUGAACUUAAUGGUUGUGGAGUUCAUGGAGCUUUCCGUGAAGUUUCUGCUUAACUUCCGUGCUUGCUAAUGGUGCCUAGAGAACAUAAAGAAAGUCGCAAACACUUCUAUUUUUGCAGUUUAUUUUUCUCCUGAGGUGCCAAUACUACAAAUCAGACGAAGUCACCCGCCCGAAUCACUUCGGCUGGGCGGUUAUAGUUAGUUAGCACGUCAGCUAGCUAACUAGCGUAAGAGGCGCUCUACUAAGUCUUUAUACGUUUUGCCAUUGAACAACACAAUGGCAGAUUCACAUGGCAACGACAGGACGGACGACACUGAAGGUGCAACAGGUGGUGAAGAUGUGAUUGAUGAUAGGAUCAUGGAAGAAGGUGCCCUAGUACUAAGAGGAUAUGUAAUCGAGCGGAUCACUACAGAGGACCCGGACAUGCACGUCAGCGCCGUGGACCUCGGAGGAACAGCUAGUGAAGGAGAUGAUCCUCAUGUUAAAGAAGUUGUAGAUCAGCUUCUCAAGAUCGCAGAUGAGCUGAACCGGAAUGCAGAGCUUCAACACCUCAUCAACACUGUGCAGGCGAACUGUGCUCAGGAGGUGUUCACGACUGUGGCCAAGAGCAUCUUUUCAGACGGCAUUAACUGGGGGCGAAUAGUGGCUCUCUUUCAUCUGGCCUAUCGGCUCAUUUACAAGGCACUGACUCAAAACCACUUUGAAAUCAUCAAGAACAUCAUUAGCUGGGUAUUGCAGUUUAUCAGGGAACACAUUUCCGCCUGGAUCAGACAACAAGGAGGAUGGGGUGGUGUUAUCCGCAGUGUGUCAAGAUGGCGCUCCGUGUCCAUCAUUGCAGCAGUGGCGUUCAUAGCUGCUGCCGUAUACUGGAGAAGAACUCGUUGACCGGAGUCACUAAUUUGUACAUGUGAGGAAAUGAUCAGAAGCAAAUAACUGCUGAUGUUUAACAAAUGCGGCGAACCAAAUGAUCAUGAUGAUUGGCACAUAUCAGAUCAAUUAGCGAACUAUAAAAUAGUGAGGAAUAAAAGCGUCAACUUCUUUUGAGAUUGUUCUCAAAUGUUGUGUGUUUAUACUGUAAUGCAACAAGUCACAACUAUUUAUGAACAACACUGUGGGAUUUUUAAAAUUUUAUUUUUUGACACUCCACUACAUUUGUAGCAAUCCAUUUGUCCUCAGCAGCUCUUCGCUUUAUAUUAAGUGCCAUAUCUUCCACCCCUACCUCCAACUGGUGAAAUAUCUGACAGCAGUUUAUCAAAUGAUUUUAAAUGAGUUUUUAUAGUGGACCAUGUAGUACUUGCGUUUAAAAAAAAAAAAAAAAAAAAAAAAAAAUUAAAAAAAAAAAAAAAACUCUUGUCGUCAGAUUUUAAACUGUUUAGAAUGUCUUGUUUAUAACUCUUGACCUGUCUAGAUUGCAGGAAUGUUUACACUUAUUACUAUGCAGGGCAGCCCAUGACGAAGAAAAUGUAAUUUGCCAGCUCAAACAUUUAGAGGAGAAAAAAUUCUGUGUGAUUAAACUUAAAAACAAUAAAUUAAUCACUGCUUUAUUGCUUAUGUAAAAUGUAAAAAAAACUUUUCUGUCAGAUUACUGGGACUGAAGUUUUAAAACUGUUUGUAGCUAUCAGCUGAAGCUGCUGUAUCUAUAUGCAGCCUGUAUGUGACGUUUGAAUAAGUAAAAAGUAAAUGAAUUUGUAUAUUAAGGUGUGGGUAUGGUAUGGAUGAAAAAUUAGAAACAAAGUUAUUACUGUAUACAAAGUGUUUUUUUAUUUUUUCCUCCAUCGUGAAUUCAGGGAAAUUGUACUCAGCCUUUGUUUACAUCAAAAUAAAUGUGAUCAGGUGUCAUUCUGA